CAAGUCACAUUUCGUUUACUUGGACGAAACGAGCGCUUGCACCCAGAAACGAAAAGAAACCGUGCAUUGGUCAGUGCUUAUAAAACGCUAAUGGAAACAGCACUGCGCAUCAUGAAACCACGGCUCCACAAGAAUAAGAUAAAGGCUAUCACUGAAAAAAUUUUUGCUUUCGAAAGGGAACUCGCCAAGCGGAGUGCUCCCGAAGAAGAUCGACGAAAUCAAUGGAAAAUCUAUAACAGAACCACUGUAAAAGCUCUUGAGUCGGCGUUUCCAGGCCUUCCUUUGUUGGACCUUCUCAACAAGGAAUUCCGCGCAGUUAACGUAACGCUGACGGAAAAUGAAGUCGUCAGCAUUUUCGCCAGCCCUUACUUCGCAUCGACAACAAAGUUGCUGCACACCAUUGACCCGUACACGCUCUACAACUACUUGGGCUGGUGCGCAAUGCAAAAGUGGGCCUAUUAUGCAUCGAACAGCUUUCGAAACGCCAUGCAAGUUUUCAGAACUGCUGCGUACGGAUAUAAGGAGGCGAUACCAAUCUGGAAAACGUGCAUCAAGCUGCUGAAAGCGCGCAUGUGGGAAGUUGUCGGUCGGCUUUACAUCAAAAACAAAUUUACCCCGCACGCCAAGAAGAACCUGAAAGAAGUGAGGGCAAAGAUCGGUUACCCUCGAUGGAUGCUGAAAAUCAAACACAUCGAGAGGCUCUACGAAAACCUCGGACAACUCAGUCCAAAAGAUCCAUUUCUGAAAAUCUACCAUAAACUAGACGAACACGACAGGAGACGUGCUCUGCUGGAUCUGCGCCGUCCAUUUAACAGGGCACGUGAGUGA